AUGUCUUUCAGACUCACAAACACUCCACUCUUGUUUCAAAUGAUGAUGAAUGUUGUUCUAAUAAAGUAUACUGGUAUCUUUUACCUGAUGUAUCUCAACAAUAUUAUUGUCUUUUUGAAAUUCAUGAAAGAACAUCUCAAGCACUUGAAGAAAGUAUUCAACAAGUUUCAUGCACACAAGUUGUACAUCAAGAUGUUCAAGUGCAUCUUUUUGAAGAACAAGCUUGAGUACUGUGGUCACAUUGUCAGAAAGGAGGUCAUCUGA